CAAUCGAAACACGCACUGUCCCAAUCUAUAAUCGUGCGAUUCAAUCUACUAGCAACCAUACUAGUAACCUGCUACGGUUUACAUAAAUCCGAAGGCCCUCCGUCAACAUUCUUCAACUAGCUUCCUGAGUACCCAAACCAUCCUCACUAAACGUUGAGAAAAACAAAAACUAGGACUAGAUCAUUUACAAAAUAGCAACAUGUCGAACGAUAACACCAGUGGUCCCUCCAACGACCGCCGUGGCUCUGUCACUUCCGCCGCUUUCUCUAACCUCUUCCAAAAAAGCAACUCGACUUCAACUGCGAAUGGUAAUGGUCGCGAAUCCAUCAUGUCGGCCGCGGUUAGAGACCAGCGCCGACGGUUAUCUGUUACUACGAUAGGACUGUCUGGCACAUCCCCUAAUUCUGGAAAUUCUGCAUUUGGAAUUCGCAGAGGCAGUAUUUCUACCAACAAUUCAGAUUCUAUUGACGAGAGCGCCAUCGAUGAUGAAGAAUCAGCCAAGAUAGGCCCUAAUUCGCCCUUUGUUCGUCGUAUUAGCUUCGGUGCUCAGGCAAUGCGAACUCUGCGUACUGGGCCUGGAAGCCCUGGAACAACUGACAGCGGAUACAAUUGGUCCGAGCAGCUUAGGACCCGUGCCGAAAGUAGCGUCCAAGGUCAUCGCCCGACCUUCGGACCUCACAGAUAUGGCUCACCACCUCACGGCAGCGGCCAACAUGAUCGCUCCAAAUCGGUUUCCGAAAUGCCAGUCCCUCCUCAACAAGCUGCCGCCGUAAAGCUGAAGCAGCCAGAACGACCAAAACCAGACCAUAUGCAAGAGCGCAUUCUCAAGGGCGAUUUCUACAUGGACUGAUUAUGCUUGGCGUUGUACAGAGGAAUUUCAAUAUUGAUUUAUGUUUUGAUACUUUGGAAACCUGUACUCUCCCAAGCUAUCCCUUGCAGUAUCUCAGAAACUUACAAGGUCGCGGGUCAUAUGCUUUUAUCCAUUGGGGUUUCCUUUUCACACCGUCUCUUCAACUAACGUCAUUCGUUUCGACGAGUUGUUUUUAUGGCGUUUAGAUGGGACGGUGCCGGGGGUAACCGGGUAAAUUGUCUUACCACGUACCAAAAAGCUUAGCCAAAUAAUGGCAGUCUCGCUUGUGGGGAUGACAUAGCAUUGAGAGUACGGAAGGUGUUUGACGAAGUGAACGUUUCCUCGCA